UGUCGGUAUGAGUUUCAACUCUUCUCAAAAAUUAGCGACAACAAAUUUGUGUACAGAUAAUUGCUGAAGUGAAAUAAAAAAGUGCGAAACAUGUCGAAGGUGGACCAAGACGCCAGCGCCUCGACAAGCAUCAUGGAGCAAAUCAAGGUGCUUAUUGAGCCGCCGCCCAAUGAGGACGAGAAGGCCGUGAAGGGCACAAACACCAAGCAUCCGUACUACAGGCGUCCGGGCCGUGGCCACAAUCACGAUUAUUGCGAUGCCUGCGAGGAGGGGGGAAAUCUGUUAUGCUGCGACCGUUGCCCGUCCAGCUUCCACCUGCAGUGCCAUGAUCCGCCGCUCAGCGAAGAGGAUAUACCCAGCGGCCAGUGGCUGUGCCACAGCUGCCGCAUGGUGAAGGUGAUCCAGCCCCGGUCCAAGGCCAAUUCCGUGGAGCGCGUGCCCUCGGGCGGUAGUGGCGGCUCGCGCGGCCACACACCGUCGUCGGGGGACCUGGAAUCGAUACCGCAGAAGAUCCGCAAUCUGCGCAAGCGGAGCAACAGUGAGCGAAACAGCACCGAGAAGCUGCUGGCCAAGAUGCCCCUGGCCAUACAGCGGGCCCUCGACCCAAACAAACGUCCUACGCCGCUGGACGACAUUAUACGCGCUGCCAGCAUGCUCAACCCGCAGCAGUUCUCGCUGCCCCCCGAACUUGAGCUACACACGCAGUUCCCCGGCAACGGCAAGGUGCAGCCCGUCCAGCAGACGCAGCCGCAUGCGGGCAACGGGCGGAGCCGGGUCUCGGGGAAUCAGCGUCGCAACUCGAAGCCGUUCGAGCUAGAUGGCCAGGGACUAGUGCCGUUGCCGGCCAAGACAUGCUUCUACUGCAGCAAAUCGUGCAAGCGGGCGCCGCUCCUUUCCUGCGACUACUGUCCGCUGUUCUACCAUCAGGACUGCCUCGAUCCGCCGAUGACGGCGCUACCGGCGGGCCUCUGGAUGUGCCCGAAUCAUGCCGAGAACUUCAUCGUAAGUGCUCCUCCUUCUGCCACUCCUACCACCACAACCACCUCCUCCAGCUCCACCAAUCCUGCAACAAAGCCUGCUCUCUCUCUCCAGGACGCCCACAUGACCACCAGCAUUUCGGCCACAGAGCGUGUGCGUCUAUGGAAUCGCUUCCAUCAGCCGGUUGACCACGAGAGCGUCAAGAUGGAGUUCUUCCGCCGCGUACACACGCGCCAUCCCCCGUUUCGUACCAAAACCACGGUCCGUACACGCGCCCACAUCGAUGUCCCGGCCAGUGUCCGGCACCACUACGAGCAUCCCCCGCCCCUGCUCCCCUCGAUGCGCCAGACGCUGCGCUACGAUGGGGUGAAGCGCCGCAAGAAUCUCCCCAAUUCCGUCGAGGAGAUAUCCAGGGAGACGGUGACUGAGUCACUGCUCAAGGAUUUGGAGGCCCUGCGCUCGGCCCAUGCCAAGUUCCGUGAGAUACAGCGGGAGUACGGCAAUGGCCAGGAUUUGGAGGAUCUGGGCAUCGACAGCGAUAGCGACAAUAGUCCAGAGGCAGAGCCAGAUGCGAGUACGGCAGCGGGAGACGCAGCAGAAAAGCAGGAGAAUGGCACGGCUCCCAUGGAGCAGGAAGCAGGAGAGCCAAAAGUUGAGCCUUCGGCAACGGCCAUCAAAAUCGAGGAGAAGGCGGAGAAUCCAUUUUUGGACAUGAGCUUCGACGAGGAGGAGGAGUCGGACAGCAAGUUGGCGAUCAUCGACGCGGAUCUGCGCCACCUGGACGUGGACAUCAUCAAAAAACUGGCCCACCAGCGCCUCCAGCAGCUCGUCCAGGAGCAUCCGGAGAUUGUAACACAGUACAAGAAUCGCACGGCCGCCCGUCGUUUGCGUCAACUAACGGUUCAGCAACAGCCGACGACCCCUUGUGCCGCUUUGCAGGGCGACCUGGCCCCGGAGGACAUGAAUCGCUUCUCGCUGCUGUUCACCAGCGAAACGUCAUCGAUUCUGGCCCAGAAGAACGGUAAUGCCGCCGACGAGGAUCCCAUGAUGGCUCUCCACCCGGCCCUGGCCACCGCCGCGGCCAUCGCGGCCGCCGAUGCCGCCGCCGAGAGCUAUGAGCCGCGCGUGCGCACCGAUGCGGAGAAGGCCUACGAGCUGGCCUCUCGCCUCGAACUGAAACUGCUCCACUGCAAGGUGCGCGCCCGUGGUGUGCUCACGCCCCUGGGCGAUAUGCUCGAGGACAGCCGCUGGUUCAGCAACCUGGGGCUGGAGCAGUCGAUCUUUAUGCGCUACCGCACCCUCUAUGUGGGCUAUGGGGGUCAUUUCACGCCCUCGACAUCGAUGUGCCACACCGAGACCGUUGAUCUCUCCGCCAUCGGCUACUGCAGCCGUAUCUCGCCCCAGCACGCCAUCAUCUUCUACGACGAGUUCUCCAAGUCCUUCGAGCUGAUCAAUUACUCCGAGUUCGGAACAGAGGUCAAUGGCCAGCUGUACACGUGCGAUCUAUCUGAGAAUGGACGCACAAAGGCCGCCAAGCGAAUGCGCCCAGACGAUGCCGAUCUGAAGCGCCGCGUUGACGAGAUCCUGGACAAGCGUCGCCACAUCGAGCGCCAGUACGAGCCAAAGAAGUCGGGCGAGGAAAGACUGGUGGGCAUUGUGAAGCCUGCCUGCCGCUGCCAGGCGACGGGGGAGCCAGUUCCCAUGGUGCCGGGGGCCUGGGAGGGUGCCGCUGUGCUCGCCCACGGCACUCUGUUGCGCUUCGGCUGCCUCGCGUUUGUCUUCUCAGUGCCCUCGAAGGAUCUGCUGCAGGCCCAGGCACGCGCCAAUCGUCAGACGUAGGACAAAAUGCAUUGUAGCCAAGGACCCCAGGGACCCCAGAGAUGCCCCCUUCCCUACCCAGAAAAUCUCAGUGAGAGCAGCUAGCAGACUUUUCCCCAUCCAUCCAUUAUCCCUCAUCCUAGAAUUAAGUGCCAAGUGCAUUCAACAGUUAAACUUCACACAAAACUAAUGGAGGUGCCACGGAGGAUCACUGUCGUAAUUUUUUUGUGUCAUUGUAGUAGAAGAACCCCACAUCCCAGCCCCUCAAAGCCCACACUCAAACACACACAAAUGUAUAAAUGAAGAAUAAAGUCUAAGAAGAAAUACGAUGAAGAAAGCAAAUAA